AUGGAAUAUUUGGCGAGGAAAUCAGACGAACGAGUUAUCAAACGGCGUCGGAUUGAGCAACCAAAGGUUAAUCAUCAGGAAGAGAAUGCUUCUGCAGUCGAAGAGCCUUGCCUUCAAGCUAUCAAAUUGCUGGUAGACCUGAAAAUCUGUUUAUUUCGGUUCCGUGUGGUGGAGUUAUGGAAAGCGACAUUCAACGAUCGUGAAGCUUCUCGUUCUGAAGACGGCGAAAACACAUUCAGCAACUAUUUGAAAGACUUUCCGGUAUUAACUGCUUACAAUGGAGAACUGAUAAGCCUGGAUUACGCCAAAAUCAAACCUGAAUCAACAUCUUUCUGUGAAUAUUGGGAACCAAUCGAACUCGCAGUUUUGGAGCACCAUUCGGAUCAGUUCAAAGAAUUACAAAAUGAUUUCGUUCGAGCGUUGUCGAUAAUUCGGUCGAAAAAUCCGUCAAGAGGAUCAAAGCGAAAGCAAGAUACUACAAGUAAGAAUAACAUGAAGAAUAACCCGCUAUCGGGCAUCAUAGAGUGGGUACAGAUGGACGAUGACCCUCCGCAAACUGCAUCGAUGAUUCCUGUUUUGUACGUAAGAGGAGAGCCGUUGAAAAACAGCGAAGAUUGCGUUAUUCGCUGGAGCGAAUGGUCCAUUCCGGUUCUGGCAGAAUUGAAACUUGCGUUCAACAUACUUCUUGAGACAUUUACUGUGCUCAAUGUCCAACCAGCUCCAACUGACAGGCAGUUUUUUCUUUUUCUUCGCGGAUCUGUUUUGCAUACUGCUACUCUGAGCACCACGGGAGCUAAAUUUUUGCAUUCUCUUUAA